AUGAGUGUCUUUUCCAAAAGGCAAUUUUUUUUCGUAAACGUCAAUAUAAAAAAUAUUUCGAAAAUGUCUUCGGACACUGUAACUAAUAGGAUAGAGAUAGCUAUGGACCGCAACUAUAACGAAAAAGCAUUUAGAGAACAAAUUAGGAGGCAAAACCCUGAUAUGCCUGCCGUUCCUGAUGAUUAUCCACAAUAUGUUGCAGGUCCUUACGUAUACAGUGAACAACACUUCUUCAAAAUACAGUACCCAGAAUGUACAGUAAAUGAACUUCGCGCUUUUCUUAUUGCAAAUAAAGCAGAUGUUGCUUAUGAACAAGGAAAAAUUGCUGACGCCCAAAAAAUGUGUUUCCAUGCUCUUACUUUUAAUGCAUGCGAUGUUGAUGCAUACACAGGCCUUACUCGUCAAUUAAUCAAGGUCAUUGAGGACGAUUAUACCUUAAUUAAUUGA